GGGGCGGGUGACAAAUCCACGCGGAGACCGCUAAAAUUUUCUUCGUCGCCGCCGCCGCCCCCCGUUCUAGACGCCAUGGAUGAUGACGAGGCGGCGCCCGUACCCCCAACCGCUUCUUUCUUCUAGGCCAUUUUGCCUUUUUUUUUCCACGCGUUGAGGUCUAUUUGGGCUGCUGGUGCGGCGCCCGGUCUCGUCCUCCUCUCUUUGCUGACCUCGGACGGAGAAGCAGGGGGGAGAAAGUAAGCGAGCGAGCGAGAGAGGAGGAGGAGGAGGAGGAGGAGGAGAGCAUCGAUCGGUGAGGGGAGAGAGGAGGCAUGGCGGGGAGGUCGCGGUACGACAACCCCUUCGAGGAGGGCGGCGCCGACGAGGUCAACCCUUUCGCGGAUCAGGCUAAAAGGGGAGCGUCAAACGCUCAGUCCAGCUAUUCCGGUGGCGCGUUCUACACGACGCAAUCACGCCCUGCUCCUCCGAGCACACGCCUUUCGCCUCUUCCUCCGGAACCUGCUGACUUCUACAAUGACUUUGCUACCCCGGUGGACAUCCCCAUGGACACAAACAGGGACAUUAAGACAAGGGAAAAAGACCUCCUGGCCAAGGAGGCUGAGUUGAACAGGCGUGAGAAGGAACUCAAAAGGAGAGAAGAGGCUGCAGCACGAGCUGGCAUUGUACUGGAAGAGAAAAACUGGCCACCGUUUUUCCCCAUCAUUCAUAAUGAUAUUGGGAACGAGAUACCUGUCCAUUUGCAAAGAACACAGUACGUUGCAUUUGCAUCACUAUUAGGAUUGGUCUUGUGCCUGUUUUGGAACAUCAUCUGCGUUAGCGCUGCCUGGGCAAAAGGGUCAGGUCCUAAGAUAUGGUUUCUUGCAAUCAUAUACUUCAUUCUUGGAUGCCCCGGUGCCUACUUCCUAUGGUACCGGCCACUUUACCGUGCCAUGAGGAACGAGAGUGCUUUGAAAUUUGGGUGGUUUUUCCUCUUCUACUUGGUUCAUAUCGCCUUCUGCGUGUAUGCAGCUGUUUCUCCUUCAAUUCUCUUUGUGGGAAAAUCAUUGACUGGGAUUUUUCCAGCAAUCAGCUUGAUAGGCGAUAGCGUCAUUGUUGGGAUCUUCUACUUCGUUGGCUUUGGAUUGUUCUGCCUCGAGUCUUUGCUAAGCAUGUGGGUCAUUCAGCGUGUUUACCGGUACUUCCGGGGCAGCGGGAAAGAAGCGGAGAUGAAGCGGGAAGCAGCACGCGGCGCGGCGAGGGCAGCAUUUUGAUGAGCCGUAUAUAUAAGUAUAUAUACAAGAUACAACACGUAUAAUGUUCAUAGUGUGAAGUGUUUGUAGAUCAAAAGACGUGCAGAGUAGGGAGUGUGAUGUAAAUCUUCAGAAUUUAAUUUCCUUAUUUUCCGCUGAGUUUGGAGCCCUUCAGAUUGAUCAGUCCUGUCAGUAUCACCGUAUGCCAGUAUUAGAAUGGAGUAAAUACACACACAUGAUGACAUGAACCUAGAUGGUUUGUUGCAUAUGUGCAACUUUCCUGUGUUGCCUUUUGCCAGUUUAUUAUUCUCCUCGAAUUUUAGCAAAAAUAAAGUUGUAAAUGUUGU